AUGUCGACAACAAAUUUCAGUAGCGGUAGAAGUCGCACGGAAUCAUAUAAAGAACUGCUAUGCUCUCCCUCUUUGGUGGGUGGGCUUCAACAACAACUAUCAAUUUGCUUCCUAGCGGUUGACAUUCUCCUCUCCAUCACAUCAUUUGCUGGAAAUUCUCUUAUCCUUGUUGCCCUUCACAAAAAAUCUUGCCUGCAUCCGCAGUCAAAACUCCUGUAUCGUUGUUUGGCAACCACUGAUCUGUUGAUUGGUCUUGUUGCUCAGCCUCUCGAUGCUCUAUGUUGGAUGUCCGUGGUUCAGGAACACUGGAGCCUUUGUCGAUACGCAAGGGACGCAGCCAGCGCCACAGGCCGUGUAUUGAGUUUAGUGUCUUUGAUGACGAUGACGGCCAUAAGCGUGGACAGACUUCUCGCCCUGAUGUUGGGACUGAGAUACAAACAAAUUGUCACUUUGAAGCGCGCGUAUAUUAUUGUAACUACCUUUUGGGUUUUUACCCUUGUCGCCUCUUUAAGUGAAUUUUUUUAUCACCGUAUAUUCUUUAUGUACAGCUCCCUAGUUAUGUCAUUUUGCCUGGUAAUAUCAUUCGCAUCGUACACAAAGAUUUUUUGCACUCUCAGAUAUCAUCAAGCACAAGUAGGAGAUCAACAACAGCCGAGCCAAACAAAUACACUGAACAUGGCGCGAUUCAGAAAGGCAGUAUACAGUGCACUGUGGGUGCAGUUGGCAUUAGUUGUUUGUUAUGCACCACUAUGUACAGUGAAUAUUGUGAUCGCUCAUACCAAAAAAUAUUCAUUUCUCUUAUUCGUCAUAGAUAAAGUAGCAAUUAUUUUACUUUGCUUCAACUCGACGUUAAACCCGUUCCUAUACUGCUGGAAGAUUAGUGAGGUGAGACAAGCAGUGAAGCAGACAAUUAGAGAAGCACUUUGCUGA